AUGGACCUGGAGCAUCGCGUAAAAGCCUAUCGCUUCGUUGCAUAUUCUGCUGUUACCUUCUCAGUGGUUGCGGUGCUUUCAGUCUGCGUGACGCUUCCAAUGGUCUAUAAUUAUGUGCAUACAGUGAAAAGGACGAUGCAUAAUGAAGUAAAUUUUUGUAAGGGAUCAGCAAAAGACAUAUUGAAUGAAGUGAAUCACCUCAGAAAUAUACCAAAUAGCAACCGUACUUUGCGUCAAGCCGGCUACGGCGACGCUGGUGUUUCUGGAUCAGUCUCGAGCAAUUGCGAUGCCUGCUGCCUUCCAGGACCGCCUGGCCCACAAGGACCACCAGGCAGACCCGGGCGACCAGGAAAACCGGGUGUACCAGGUAUUCCUGGUAACCCUGGACGCCCACCUCAGCAACCGUGCGAGCCAAUAACGCCACCGCCAUGCCGUCCAUGUCCCCAAGGUCCACCUGGACCGCCUGGCCCACAAGGACCACCCGGAAAUCCUGGGCCUAAUGGAUCACCUGGAUCACCUGGUCUUGAUGGUCCACCUGGACCGCCAGGACCGAAAGGACCACCAGGUCCGGCUGGAAAUCCCGGAGCUCCGGGAGCACCAGGAAUGCCUGGACCGGAUGCAGUCUCAGAAGGAAUUAUACCUGGUGAACCAGGACCAGCGGGUCCGCCUGGACCGCCAGGACCACCAGGCCCAAGUGGACUUCCAGGGUCCCCAGGAGCACCAGGUCAACCUGGACCGAAAGGGCCGAAUGGACCGGAUGGUCAACCUGGUGCUGACGGAAAUCCUGGACGUCCCGGACCACCAGGGCCACCUGGAAGACAGGGUGAACCGGGAAUCUGCCCCAAGUAUUGUGCAAUCGACGGUGGAGUGUUCUUCGAAGAUGGCACGCGUCGUUAA